AAAGUAGCAAAAGGGGUUGGUUGGGUGAGAGAAAGUGUAUAGGGGGUCUCAAAAAGCUACCCACAUUUGUUGCCAAAAACUGCACCUGUUGUUCUGUUUCUGAAAAAAACAGCCUACUGUUUUCCAUUUAUUCUCUCUUCAAUCUUUUCACUGUUUCAGUUCUUUUGUGUGUACUUUUUUAGUCUGUGUACCUAUACACCAACCCAAUAGGAUAGUAGUAGUAUUUUUGAUUUAAAGAAAAAAUUGAAUCUUGGAAUUAUAUCCUAUUGAUACACAGUUGUAUCAUGUACAGUAGUAUUACAGUAUCAUGUAUAAUACAGUCUCUCUAGACAGAGUAUUAUUUAACUUUUGGUUUCUUGUGUGUUUUUCUUUUUCUCUUGUCCUGUGUGUAGACAAAAUACUUUAAUCUCUCUCUCUCUAUAAACAUUGCUGUGUUAAGAUAAAGACCUCUCUUCACUGGGGUUUUCUUGUAAAAACAAAUCUCAAGAAUAAGAGCAAGAGUUGGAGAUAGGGAGAGUGAAAAAAGAGGAGUGUUGAUGAGUGAAAGAGGAGGCUCUCUUAGAGGAGAGAGAGCCUGCCUGUUCAUGCAAGAACAAAAACAUCUGAGUUUGUGUUGUUGUUGAAAGAGAAAGAAAGCAGUGAUAUUGUGAAUGGCCUUGUGCUUGCAUAACAAGAAUCAGAUAAUGGAUAACAGCAAGUAUGUGAGGUACACACCAGAACAAGUGGAAGCUUUGGAGAGAGUGUAUGCAGAAUGUCCAAAGCCUACUUCUUUGAGGAGGCAACAGCUCAUUAGGGAGUGUCCCAUUCUCUCUAAUAUUGAACCUAAACAGAUCAAAGUCUGGUUUCAGAACCGAAGAUGCCGUGAAAAACAGAGGAAGGAAGCAUCUCGUCUCACGACUGUUAACAGGAAGCUGAGUGCUAUGAACAAGCUGUUGAUGGAAGAAAAUGACCGGUUGCAGAAGCAAGUCUCACAGCUUGUGUAUGAGAAUGGCUACAUGAAACAACAAAUCAAUACUCAGGUUAGCAGCACGACCACAGAUACAAGCUGUGAAUCUGUGGUCGUGAAUGGUCAGCAGCAAAGAAAAAACCCAACACCUCAGCAUCCAGAAAGGGAUGCGAAUAACCCAGCUGGUCUUCUUGCAAUAGCUGAGGAGACCCUGGCAGAGUUCCUUGGAAAGGCUACUGGAACUGCUGUCGACUGGGUGCAGAUGAUUGGGAUGAAGCCUGGUCCGGAUUCUAUUGGUAUUGUUGCUGUUUCCCGCAACUGCAGUGGGGUAGCAGCACGUGCCUGCGGCCUCGUGAGUCUAGAGCCCACGAAGGUUGCUGAGAUUCUCAAAGAUCGUCCUUCUUGGUAUCGCGACUGCCGUUGCCUUAAUAUACUGAGCGUAAUCCCUACAGGCAAUGGAGGGACGAUAGAGCUUAUUUACUUGCAGACUUAUGCUCCAACUACAUUGGCAUCCGCUCGUGACUUUUGGACAUUGAGAUACACUACAAGUUUGGAGGAUGGCAGUCUUGUGAUAUGUGAACGAUCUCUGACGACAGCUACUGGUGGCCCAACAGGGCCUCCUGCCACAAGUUUUGUCAGGGCUGAAAUGCUACCAAGUGGCUACCUCAUUAGGCCUUGUGAGGGUGGGGGCUCAAUGAUUCACAUUGUUGAUCAUAUUGAUCUAGAUGCUUGGAGUGUCCCUGAAGUUCUGAGGCCACUUUAUGAGUCUUCCAAGAUCCUUGCACAGAAGACGACUGUGGCUGCCCUGCGACACAUACGACAAAUUGCACAAGAAACCAGUGGAGAAAUCCAAUACACUGGGGGUCGUCAACCUGCUGUUUUGAGGGCACUAAGUCAAAGAUUAUGCAGGGGAUUUAAUGAUGCUGUUAAUGGAUUUGUUGAUGAUGGUUGGACUGUUAUGGAUAGUGAUGGUGUAGAGGACGUAACCAUUGCUAUAAACUCAUCUUCGACCAAAUUUCUCGGUUCACAGUACAACACUUUGUCAAUACUCCCUACCUUUGGAGGAGUCCUGUGUGCCAGGGCAUCAAUGCUUCUUCAGAAUGUCCCCCCUGCUUUGCUUGUUCGUUUCCUUAGGGAGCAUCGUUCUGAGUGGGCAGAUUAUGGGGUUGAUGCAUAUUCUGCUGCAUCUCUUAAAUCCAGUCCAUACGCUGUCCCUUGCGCCAGACCGGGUGGCUUCCCAAGUAGCCAGGUCAUUUUACCCCUAGCUCAGACUGUGGAGCAUGAAGAGUUUCUUGAAGUAGUACGACUAGAGGGUCCUGCUUUCUCCCCUGAGGACAUUGCUUUAUCACGGGAUAUGUACUUGUUACAGUUAUGCAGUGGAGUUGAUGAGAAUGCUUCAGGUGCCUGUGCUCAGCUUGUUUUUGCACCUAUUGAUGAGUCUUUUGGUGAUGAUGCUCCAUUGCUUCCAUCUGGUUUCCGUGUCAUUCCGCUGGAGCCUAAAUCAGAUGGCCCUGCAGCAACUCGGACUUUGGACUUAGCUUCAACUCUUGAAGCUGGAACUGGUGGGACGCGUCCAGCUGGUGAAAUUGAAGCAAGCAAUUACAAUCAUCGUUCUGUCUUGACAAUCGCAUUCCAGUUUAUUUUUGAGAGUCACUACCGGGAUAAUGUAGCUGCUAUGGCUCGCCAAUAUGUGCGAAGUAUAGUAGGCUCAGUUCAGAGAGUUGCAAUGGCCAUAGCACCCUCUCGACUGAGCUCUCAGUUGACGCCUAAACCCUUCCCUGGUUCACCCGAAGCUGUUACUUUGGCAAGGUGGAUUUCCCGGAGCUAUAGAGUGCACACAGGAGGAGACCUGCUUCAGGUUGAUUCUCAAGCUGGUGAUGCUGUUCUGAAACAGCUGUGGCACCACAGUGAUGCAAUAAUGUGUUGCUCUGUCAAAAUGAAUGCAUCUGCAGUUUUUACAUUUGCAAACCAGGCAGGUCUUGACAUGCUUGAAACCACCUUGUUAGCUCUUCAGGAUAUAAUGCUUGAUAAGAUUCUAGAUGAAGCUGGUCGUAAGGUCCUCCUAUCAGAGUUCUCCAAGAUCAUGCAGCAGGGCUUUGCCUAUCUACCAGCAGGAAUAUGUGUAUCUAGCAUGGGGAGGCCAGUGUCAUAUGAGCAAGCUGUAGCAUGGAAGGUUCUCAAUGAUGAAGAUUCCAACCACUGCCUAGCUUUCAUGUUCAUAAACUGGUCUUUUGUUUAAGUUAAAACAGUUAAUCUAUGUAAGACUUUUGGUAUUAGCUAUCAACCUUCUAAGUUAAUGUCGGUGCUCCGAAUGUUUUAAAUUAAGCUUGUAUGACUAUGUUGACAAGGAUGUUUGGUUGGAUCCCAACUCUAUAUCUGUUACAGUAUGACAUGUUAUUCCUGUUA